GCCAUCGCUCCGCCGUGUUUCCGGCCCAGGUGCAGCGCUGAAACAGUCCGGGUCCCGUCAGCCCGGAACCGUUGACCGACGGCUCUUACCGGAGGACAGUUUAGUGCGGAGGUGGCAGCGGUCCGGCGGGAUGGAUGAGGAGGAGCUUGUGGACUAUUUCAAAACCCAAAUGAGGGAGAAUGAAGAUGUGGCUUCUGCAGUUGCAGCCAUUCGUACCUUGCUGGAGUUUUUGAAGAGAGAUAAAGGUGAGACCAUUCAGGGGUUAAGGGAGAAUCUGAAGGGAGCCAUUAAAAUCCUAUGCAGUGUAGACUCGUCAGUGGCAGUGUCUUCAGGUGGUGAACUCUUCCUCCGUUUUAUCAGUCUUACCUCCCUGGAACACCCGGAUUAUUCAAUAUGCAAAAAGACGAUGAUAGACAGAGGGGAGCUUUACUUGGAAAGAAUUUCCGUUUCAAGGAACAAGAUCGCAAACCUGUGUUCCGCGUUUAUAAACGACGGUGCAAAAAUUUUGACCCACUCUUCUUCACGGGUGGUCCUGCGUGUACUGGAGAACGCUGCCAAGGCCAAAAAACGCUUCAGUGUUUACGUUACAGCAUCACAACCUGAUUCCUCAGGACUUAAAAGUGCAGAAAGACUAAAAAAGCUGAAUAUUCCAGUGACGGUGAUCUUAGAUGCUUCAGUCGGGUACAUUAUGGAGCAAGUGGACCUGCUGCUGGUCGGGGCUGAAGGGGUCGUGGAAAGUGGAGGAAUCAUUAACAAGAUUGGAACGUACCAAAUGGCAGUGUGCGCAAAAGCACACAACAAACCCUUCUACGUGGUGGCAGAGAGUUUCAAAUUUGUCCGGCUUUAUCCCCUCAAUCAGCAAGAUGUUCCUGACCGUUUCAAGUACAGAGCAGAGAUACUAAAAUCGGCAAAGAACCUUGCAGAGGAGCAUCCGACAGUGGACUACACCCCACCAUCGUUCAUUACCCUUUUGUUCACUGAUCUGGGUGUCCUCACCCCAUCUGCUGUUAGUGACGAAUUAAUUAAACUAUAUUUGUAAUAAUGUGUCUGCUCCUUUUGAAAACAGGCAGUAAUAAAAUUAUCUUGCAGCACAAAGUAGACAUUUAAAAUAGCUGGACGAGUUGAAUAUUUAAUGAAGUGAGCUAGUCUGGUAGGUGAG